AAGACAAUUACCGGAUCGCUGUGUUUGGCUUUGGCGACAGUCGUGAAUAUCAUCCGAAGACUGCACAGAUGACGCCCAAAGUCAAGUUUCGGCCGAUCGUGCUCGAAAAUUUGUCUCGAAAAAAGGCCUUGGACGACGCUUGGUGGGCUUUGCUUAUUGCAACCAAUCUGCCAGAUGUGAACGAGCAAAAGACCAAUCCGCAGUUGACCUACGACUUCUUUCUGCCUUUUAUGGCUGGGCAAACUUUGGAACAGUUGCGCGAAGCGAGUGAGAAGCGGUCGGAUGAUGACGAUCCUGCCUUGGACUGGAGAACACCGGUCUAUGGACGAUCGCGGAACAAUUUCCAUCGAUGCCUGCUGGAUGCUUUGCACUACAUUCUACGAAGGUCUGGCCUCAGCAAAGUGAGGACAAAAGUGGUGAAGUUCUGCUUGAGGACGAGUCUAUUGAAGCUGGCCUCUAAUGACGUCAAGGCAGUCUUGGAGCUCAGUGGAUCCGACCGGACCUUGGUCAGGAUGCUGUGCAAGCAGUUGGCUUUCACUGCAGCCAAACUUUCGAAGGCAGGCUACCUGGGCCUUGAUGGACUACGGCAGGUUCGGCAGACAGUCGAUGAGGUGGAGAUUAAGCUGUUGCAGAAAACGAGCAGUGAAGGCACUUCUGAAAAGCCACCAUUGUUGGACCUCAGCACUGGUGAGGGUGGCUCUCACGUGGCCAUGGGGAAGGCCAGAUGUGCAGCUGCGCCGGACGCUGCCACGGGCAUCUUUCCACUCUUCGAGCGUCUGCUUCGAGAAGAGCUCGAGGGGAAAGAAGGCAUGAACGACGCGGUGGCUGCUUUAAAAGCCACCGACCUCCUCUUAGCGCAGUUGGACAAUCUCAGUUCCAGCCUGCGAUUCGCCCACUUCUUGAAGAUCGCGCUGGUGCAACACGUCUUCACUCGCCUGUUGCCAGUGCCACUGGGACCACUCAGCCGCUUGCGCGGUGGUGACACGGUGUGGGGAGGAGCAGCUACACCGGAACAGCAGGUUGAUACGGCACUGGUGGUGAAGCGUAUCGCGCAACACUUCGCCAUGAGCUGCGGGGCUACGGCCGGACAUCGCGGCUUCGAUGGCACCCGAGUCAUUGUGCUGGGCGCAAUGGUGACACUGAUGGAUCGCUUGCUGAGACAAGAACUCAUGACCACCACCAGCCGUGCUGUCGCUGGUCGCAUGGACGAUGAAAGAGACAACGAGGAGACGCGCUUCUUGGUCUCCUGGGAAGUCUUCGCGAAGCAGUCGGAGACCUUUCUGCUGUUUUCCCCAGACUUGAAUGUGGCCCGAGCCCGAACAUUGGCCUACUUCCAAGAAGUUGAGCAGGAAGCUCGGGAACAGGGUGCCAAGAUCAAGCACAUCUUCCAGUGGGAGCGAGAUGGUUGGGUCAUGGAAUACCCAGACCAAGGAGCAGAGGCUUUGUGCGGAAAGAUGGCAAAGAGCCUCUACAAGAGGCGAACCAGCCUCAUCGACACUUACAUUGAUAGCUACUUCCCAGAGUUUGCUGCUUUCAGAGAUGUUUGCAUGUGGUGGAAAUUUUACCUCUGCACUGACCCUAUUGUCUUCCGAUUCCAGCCUCUGGAAUUCUCGGAUGGCCACCUGCAAUGGGCCAUCGAUGUCCACCCACGCUGGCAGAAGCGAUGCUACAUUGUGAAGUCAUUUGGUCAAGGCAAUCAAGCAAGGAUGCUCUUCCAGAAGCUGGAAAAACCAGCCAUGAAGGAACACCGUUUUCAAAGUGAAGCACUUCCCAGCAACCUCGCCGGCCAGAGUAUUUGGUCUGAGGAUGAUGUGCUUCACGUCCACACCAUGCCAUCGUUUGGGGACCGACUUGGACAAGCAGACAGUGAGUUGCUCCUUUCAUAUCUCACCGUACCAUACUUGCGGCUGCCACUAUGUUUGGGCUACUUCUCAACAGAGGAUCGAGUACAUGCUUUGUCACAGAGCCAGCUCCGCGAUGUUCUCCAGGCGGUGGUAUUUGAACCUGGGCGUUUCUUGCCCAGCAGGCUCUACGGGCAGGUGCCACAGCUGGUGCCUGCAGAGGAUCCUGAGUUGCUGGGAACGGCCUUCGGACUUCUGACCAACGAGUUGGCACGUUCCCCGGAAGCCACGAUUGAUGCUGUGCUGCAACUCUUGGAGCAGGCCCUCCUUCUGGACACCCAGGACCCACACGCCUCCACUACGGCAAUCAUCUUCUCAGUGCUACGUUUAUGCUGUCGUGUGCAAAACACCAUGGCCUUCUUGCUCUCCGUCAGCCGUGCAGAGCAUCCCUCCUGCAGCACGGAGGGGCUCAACGAAGGUGGACGUCCUGUGUUGUCAGAGCAGACCUUGCGGCAGUUGCAGGCCGCUUGGCCACGCAUGCGGAACGCCUUGCAAGCGGUGGAAGCUGGUGGUCGAAGUGCCUUGAUGAUGCUUCAACGUUGGCUGGGCUUGGUGAGGACAGACUUUGGAGAGAAGGUCGCAGAAGAACAGGAAAAGCAAGCAUUGAAAAAGGGCGAGGAGGAGGAUGAGGCCCCGGAUUUUGUGAUCUCCGGAGCGGGGGAGGAGCGCGCCAAUGGUGAGUACAUUUGCGAGUAUCGAUCCGAGGCUUCUAGCUUCUAUGGCAAGAAGGGCGAUGACAGUGUUUUUAUUGAUAGCUUCUGUGGCCAAUGGAUUAUCUAUGCACGCUAUCAAGGAGUUCUCUACGAAGGCUCUGGUUCCGCGAGCAACCCUCCGAAGAUUUGGAAGGCUCGGUCUGGGAAGGAGCCAAUGCCAGUUUUAGAGUCAGUGGUGGAUCGCGAGACUCAGCUCGCCUGUCAAAUCCAUGGCCAUCGGGUGCUUCUCCUGCGCAACCUGCGGGCAGAGGACCUCAACACUGAACUGGUGGAGCAGUUGCUGUGUUCCUUCGUCUUUUUGACCUCACGUCACACCUGGAACGAGGAUACGCUGGGGAUGCCAGAGCCCGAACUGUUCGAAGUGAUUUUUGAGAAGCGCCUCGAGCUGAUCGCUUGGUUGGAGCAGGCGCCCUAUGAAGAUGCUUGCCACGUGCUGAACGCAGUCCUGCGCACUGCCACCGGCAUCGAACCCGGUCCACCUGCCUGGGCAAUCUGGCCUGAAGCCUCCAAUCGAGGACGCUAUGUGGCCAUCAGUCAAAAGCUCACUUCAGUGGAUGGUCGUUUGCCUAUGGCUGGAACUUUCGGAGAUACCAUGCCUGCAGCAGAGGUGAACCUGCAAAGUUUAGUCUUCCGAGUCGAGGGGCAGCAGAUGCAAGCGCUGGACGAGAGGGCUGCGCAGGACCCAGACGUUUUGCACAUCUUUGGAGCAUCUGCCAAAACCUUGCAAUGUGUUUCCCUUGGCGACUUUGAACAUCGACAAGACCGGAAGGUCGUGGGGACCGACUAUGUCAUCAGCAUGUGGGAUGGUGAACAGGGUGGGCUUCCUGAGAUCGGUCUUUGCGAUCGAAUCUACGAUCCGGAUGAUUUGGCGGCGGAGGAGCAAUGGAUUGCGGAUUUCUUUGAGCCGAUCCGGAAGAAGUAUUUCACCAAGCUGGGCAUGCCCCCGGCAGAUGUGCAGUUUUAUUUGCCUGAGCAAACUGUCCCUGAAGAUGCGCAUAUGGUGCUGUUGGCUGGUGGCCAUCCAAAGAAGUCUUCAACCAUUUGGAAAGAAGUGGUCAUCUACAAGGAUUUUGGAUGCUGCCAAGUCUUCGGGAUCGAAGCAUGUGGACGUCGCAAGUAUCGAAUCUUGGAAAUGUCAACUGAUGCUCGCUUCUGCCAUUGGGAGAUGCAACCAGAGUCUUCCAUCCUGCCGUACAACGAAAUGAUGGUCAACACCCGGCCUCGAGAACCUUGGCCAGUCUGGGGUCGGCAUCUUGCAGUCGCCUUCGGUGGACGAGAUCUGGACAACUGUGAAGAUGACUACCGCGACUAUUUGCGUGGCUUGCAACCACCACCUUUCGGCCCAUCCGUGGUUAUCCAAAGGCCGGUCCAAUCGGUGCGGGGAAAGCCUACAGCCACAGCUGAAGAGACCGAAGCGCGAGUGAAAGCAACUGCUGAAGGUAAGACGAAGGAUGCACGCAAGCCGCCAGUCAAGAAGGGCGCCUGGGACCGGCCCGAAUGUCAGGACUUGGAGGAGUACAUCCCUGCCUACUUGCUGCGUGGCUUGAUCCCUGCUGCGCUGCUGGCUUCUCAUGACUUUUGGCAAGAUACGGGCGAGAGCUGCAGGCUCACCGGUUACGGCACGAGCGAAGUUUCGGUGGAACUUCUGCCACGCGCUACCAUCAUCGGAGUGGGAUUGGAAGGUGCCUUCAACUCUACUGAUGAGCCUGCUGCAUGUGCACGCAUUACCAUGGACUUGGCUGGUGCCAAUGGAGAUUUGGAGCCGCACUUGCUGCUGAACUUGAUAUCUGCCCCCAAAGGAACGCCCUUGCAUAGCAUGGCACGUUGGGCUUCGCGUUUGGAUGAUUUGUCCCAUGUCUUGGCAUGGGGAAGAUGUGCUGAUGCUGACACUUCAAAGCAGACAUGGGCCUGUGCUCCGCUGCGCAUCCUUCAGUUUCCGCGGCUGGGUCUUACCUUCUUUGUGAAGGAUGAGGGUGGUGUCAAACGCUUGGUUUCAGCGGACUUUGGGAACCUCAGCGUGCUGCUGGCCCCGGUGCCCGAACAGGUUGCGAAAUUGCUGACUGGCAUCCCCCAUGCUGUGAUCUUGUGCGAUGAGAUGCAAUCAUUGCACGUGCUCGUGCCGCAGUACAUGCCCCUGAGACCGAACAUCAAAGGCCGCCCCUUCACCACAGAGAUCGUCUUUGAGCGAUUGGGGAAAUGGGGAAGGAACUGGACUUCCAAGGCGAAGGUCACUUACUUCAAAUACGAGGUGCACGUUUCCAAGGGUUUUCUGAUCGCUCCAUCCUUCUCCUCGGCCAUGUACCUGUUGCUGCUGCGAUUUCUCGCACGCGACUAUGAAGGCGUCAGCUCACUGGUCCAUGCAGUUGGAACCGAUGCAGAGCUCAACGAGGAGGAAGCUCAGAUCCUGAAGGUGUUGGGUCUAGUGGAGGAUGCGCACCCAGACGCCUUGGCAUGUCGCUGCCUAGUGACGCUUGCAGUGCUGCGGAGUGGCUGCCCCCUGCCAUGGGAUUUUCGGCAGGAGUUCGCAUGGUACGUGUCCAAAAUCUCUCACAUCUCUGCAAGAAGUCGUUUGAGCCUGGACCAAGAAGCGGAGUUGCUGAAUGAGUGCGAGCGCUUGAGCUCCAAAUUUCGAGUCACCGAGGCCCAAACGAAGAAGCUGAAGGGCCGCGAGCGUGGCGUGAUUCUGGAUCUGCUUCUAGAUCCAGAGAGAGCUAAAGCUGCUGCAGCCAGCGAGAUGCAGAAGCUCCAGGACCUGAAGAACGACAUCUUCAGUGCCAUGCGUGCGGAAGGCCUCAGCUGCAACGAGGCGGAGAUGCGGCGUCUGGUUUCGACCAUUAACCAAAGAGCUCACACGCUGCCAGAUUGGAUGAGCAACGGCUUGUCCAAUCGGCAGGAGCUUUUAAAGGCUCGUGGCUGUCUCAAGG